AGGCAGGUGCCCGACAUGGCGAGUGCUGUGCUGCCGAGCGGACCCCGGUGUGCGGCGGCGGCGGUGGCGCCUCCCGGUCUCCGACUCCGGCUUCUGCUGUUGCUCCUCUCCGCCGCGGCACUGAUCCCCACAGGUGAUGGACAGAAUUUGUUUACGAAAGAUGUGACAGUGAUCGAGGGAGAAGUUGCAACCAUCAGCUGCCAGGUCAAUAAGAGUGACGACUCUGUUAUCCAACUACUGAAUCCCAACAGACAGACCAUUUAUUUCAGGGACUUCCGGCCUUUGAAGGACAGCAGGUUCCAGCUGCUGAAUUUUUCAAGCAGUGAACUCAAAGUGUCGUUGACAAAUGUCUCAAUUUCUGAUGAAGGAAGAUACUUUUGCCAGCUCUACACUGACCCCCCUCAGGAAAGUUACACCACGAUCACAGUCCUGGUCCCACCACGUAAUCUGAUGAUCGAUAUCCAGAAAGACACUGCGGUGGAAGGUGAGGAGAUUGAAGUCAACUGCACUGCCAUGGCCAGCAAACCAGCCACGACCAUCAGGUGGUUCAAAGGGAACAAGGAGCUCAAAGGCAAAUCGGAGGUGGAGGAGUGGUCAGACAUGUACACUGUGACUAGUCAGCUGAUGCUGAAGGUGCACAAGGAGGAUGACGGGGUCCCGGUGAUCUGUCAGGUGGAGCACCCUGCCGUCACUGGAAACUUGCAGACCCAGCGGUAUCUAGAAGUACAGUAUAAGCCUCAAGUGCAUAUUCAGAUGACUUAUCCUCUACAAGGCCUAACCCGGGAAGGGGACGCGCUUGAGUUAACAUGUGAAGCCAUCGGGAAGCCCCAGCCUGUGAUGGUAACUUGGGUGAGAGUCGAUGAUGAAAUGCCUCAACACGCCGUACUGUCGGGGCCCAACCUGUUCAUCAAUAACCUAAACAAAACAGAUAAUGGUACAUACCGCUGUGAGGCUUCAAACAUAGUGGGGAAAGCUCAUUCGGAUUAUAUGCUGUAUGUAUACGAUCCCCCCACAACUAUCCCUCCUCUCACAACAACCACCACCACCACCACCACCACCACCACCACCAUCCUUACCAUCAUCGCAGACACCACGGCGACGACAGAACCAGCAGUCCACGAUUCUCGAGCAGGUGAAGAAGGUGCGAUCAGGGCAGUGGAUCACGCCGUGAUUGGCGGCGUCGUGGCCGUGGUGGUGUUUGCCAUGCUGUGUUUGCUCAUCAUCCUGGGGCGCUAUUUUGCCAGACAUAAAGGUACAUACUUCACUCAUGAAGCCAAAGGAGCCGAUGACGCAGCAGACGCAGACACAGCUAUAAUCAAUGCAGAAGGAGGACAGAACAACUCCGAAGAAAAGAAAGAGUACUUCAUCUAGAUCAGCCUUUUUGUUUCAAUGAGGUGUCCAACUGGCCCUAUUUAGAUGAUAAAGAGACAGUGAUAUUGGAACUUGCGAGAAAUUCGUGUGUUUUUUACGAAUGGGUGGAAAGGUGUGAGACUGGGAGGGCUUGGGAUUUGCUGUGUAAAAAAAGAAAAAAGAAAAAAAAGAAAGAAAGAAAUGUUCUUUGAAAAGUA